AUGGCCGAAUCCGAGGCCCAGAGCUUUGUGUCAUAUGUGCACCGGUCGUUGGACGAGGAGGAGAGCUUCCACUUUAUGCGCUUCGAGUUCCUCCAGCGUCUGAAUCUCAGCCAUUUUCACGUCAAGCUAGCCCGUAUCAAGAGCCGGGACUAUGCAACGGCAAUACGCGACUACCGCUACCUGCGAUCAUGCCGAUCGGUGCCCAAAGCCGAGAUGCGGCUACGCAAAGCCCUCCUACAACGCUACUUCCAGUCGGACGACGACUUCCAAGAUCCCUUCCACAGCCACUACUGCUUCUUUGAGGACGAGACGUCCCAGGUGGACCCGCUGCGGGCGACGCUGAUGCGGUACUUGCCCGUCGCGCUCACGUACUCGCUGGAAGAGCGGCGGCAGCGGCCGCGUGAGUACGAGGAGGGCAAGGUGCCCCUGUUGGUGUCGGCCUUCGUUGACCGCUCCGUCCGCUUCAUCACGGCCAUGACGGGCGGCGUGUUUUUGGUAGGCCCCAUGUUGAUCAUGACGUUUAGCCCGUCGCAGACUAAGAGCCUGCUUACGGUUUCGUUGGCGUUGGUGGUCUUCUCGCUGGUCCUCUCGUUUGGGAUCCGCGUGUCAAACGUUGAGACGCUGGUGGCCACGGCGACAUACGCGGCCGUGCUGGUUGUGUUUGUCGGGACGAGCUCGGCGGGUGGGGAGAGUGAGAAUGGGUCUUAG